AUGGAGGUAGACAGAAGCUUAGCAUUCCUUGAUGUAAAGAUUCAGGUGCGUAGUGACGGUACACUCAGUCACUCUGUAUACAGAAAGCCCACACAUACAGAUCGUUACCUCAAAGCUACUUCGCAUCACCAUCCUGGACAUCUGAACUCUGUAGUGGCAUCACUCACAAACCGUGCAUAUGAUCUUUGUGAUGACGAACACCUACACAAUGAGUUACAACACCUGCGGCAGGUCCUACAGGGCAAUGGAUAUUCAGGAAAACUUCCACCUAGACACAUGAAUAGGCACCAGUUACGGAGGCAGGUAGUAGAUAGACAGCCAGUAUUUUUGCCGUAUGUAAAGGGAGUGACGGAUAAGGUCUCAAAUAUCUUAAAAAAGUAUUCAAUUAAAACUAUCUUCACUCCUUUGAAAAGGGUAUCACAAUGUCUACGAUCGCCCAAAGAUAGUUUUCCGUUGGAAAAACCUGGUGUUUACAAAAUCGACUGCAGUUGUGGUAGUUCAUAUAUCGGCCAAACAAAGCGCACAAUAGCAUGCCGUAUAAAGGAGCACAUAAAAGCGGUCAAAAACAACGAUACGCAAAAAUCGGCCAUCGCUGAACACUUGAUACAUUCGGGCACAAAUCACUGGAUCGAGUUGCAUAAUCCUCAGAUUAUCUCGACAGAACGCCACUACAUACCGAGAAUGGUCAGGGAAGCGAUUGAAAUUACCAAACACAAAAAUUUCAAUCGUGAGGAUGGGUUUAAACUGUCGAGUGUCUGGAGUCCAGUGGUUCGUUUGUGUCGGGACAACGGAAAACGUAAAAGUGCCGUUUCACUAAUGGAUACAGUGAGUGUCGUGUGUCGAGAACAGGUUCGAGUGAGUGGUGGGUUUGCAGAAAAUGGUACCGGUAUCGAGCGUAAUAGAAGACUGAGACGGAGGGUAGACCGAUAUGUCUGCCCAUAA